AUGCGCGGCCAUAAAACGGUGACCUAUUGUGACUUGGAUCCAGUGAGGGUGAACUCCCCUGAUUCUGUGAUGUGGCCAACCGGUAAGGUGCACAGAAGACCAAGGCCUUCUACUUCAGCGCAGACCCCUCAGAUCCACAAAAGGCCUCCAAUCAUUGAGAGCUGUGGGCAGGAACAGACAUCUGGGGAUGGACGGGACAUGAAUCCAGAGCCUCUCAGCCAGUCUGGAAGGGUGACUCGGCUGAUGGAGAGAAAUUAUGAUGGGGUGAUCUCAUCCUCCAACUCUGAUGACAUCUCUAUCUACUCCUUCACUGACUGUGAAUCUGAGUCUGAUGAGGAUCAUGAAAGGAGGACACCACCGCUGAUAGUGAAGGAUAAGGAGGAUGGAAAGGUGACAAAGUUUGAAGUGAGGGAAAUGGUAGAGGACGACAAUCUGUCUCUCCACUCCUUGGAUGAUUCAGACUUUCUGAUUAUUGUGGCCAAGCCCAACAUCCUUCUCCCUGCCUCUGUGAGUGCCAUGAAGACGAAACACCUGAUGGAGUUGGUCCCUACUGUCCGGCCCUGCAGGGAGCAGCUGGACAAGAAGACCCAGUGGACCAACACCAACGAGGAGAGCCUGAGGAGGAUUAAAAAAAAACUGGCCUCCAUAGAGCUCGACCUGGAGGAAGGCCUGAACAAGGUCAACGACGGUCAGGACAUCAACCAAGAGAGGCAGAAGAAUGAGGGAUGCUUCAGAGCCUGGAUUGAGAAGUGGAUGGGGAGGAGGAAAGAGGAAAGACUGAGGGAUGAAGAUGUGAAUAGGGAAGACAAAGGGAGGAUGGGCGAGGAAGUGAGGGCACUGAUCCAAGUGAUGAAGAGAAAGUGCAGUGAAAGUGAUCUUGAGGCAGUAAACCUGGACAGUUUGCUGAAUGACUUGGAAAGGUUGAAAGUGGCCUUCAAGAAAUGCACUGGAGAGAUGGCCGAAAUGAGCCCAGGGAAAGUCUCUGGUCCUGUGUCUGGCCUCUCUCCUCUUGUGACCUCAGCACCCCGGACCCUGGCUGAAGCCCUACAAGCCCUGCCCUCUGCUGUGGCCCGUCCCUCCCAAAAGGAUGUCCCAAAGCCUCCGACACCUCCAAGCCCUGUCUCUGUCAUUGUUGCUUCGCCUGCUGUGGAGUACUUACCAUACCACCGCAGCCCUCGCCUGGCCCCAAUCACCAACCUGAGUGAGAACGGCAGGAAGCUGCUCCAGAAAAUGUCAGGAGUGACGCCACAGGAAGGGAAGGUCAAAAGGAAAAAGACCAAGGGAAAAAAGCAAGUGAAGAAAGUGAAGGCUAGUAAGAUGCAGCAGGUGGAAAAUGUUGGAGAAAGUAAGGAGGACAAGAAAGAGGAAAAGAAGAGUCUGAGGAAGAGGUGA